AUGGGAAAACUGAAUAAAGGUGCGGUGAAAAAGAAGACGCAUGUGGAGUCUUCUUCGAGUAACAAUAAGAGAAAGUAUUCGUAUUUCAAGAAAGGUUCUAUAUCGAACAACAAACAUAAGAAAACCCCCAAGACUAAGAAAACCAAGGCAUUUGUUGCCACAACUGAAACGAGUGGUAAGAAAUAUAAUGGAAAUACAUCUAAGUGUAACAAGUGUGUAUAUCACCACUGUGGUAGAUGCCGAACCAUCAAGUGUGAUGAAUGUGGGAAAAUGGGUCACCGCACUGAAAACUGUUGGAGUAACAACAAAGGGAAUAAAAACAAAGGCAAGAUAUAUGGAGGCAAUGGUAAUGUAAACGGACGAGGAAAGAACCAAGAUUUUAGUUUUAUAUAUUUAGAAUUUAAAGAUAUGCUUGGACUAAAGUCAACUAAACUAGAUAUUUCAUUCACUAUCGAAUUAGCGAAUGGAAAGUUGAUUGAAUCAGAUAAAAUUGUUAAAGGAUGUUCCUUAGAACUAGGUGGACGAAAAUUCAAAAUGGACCUAAUACCCGUUCAACUUGGUAGUUUUGAUAUUGUAAUUGGAAUGGAUUGGUUAUCCAUCAAUCAAGCCAAAGUCUGCCUACGAAAAGGAUGCAUAGCAUUCUUAGCGCACAUUGUUGAUAAGAAGGCCAAGGAGCUAAAACUUGAGGAAAUCCCGGUUGUGAAGGAAUUCCCUGAAGUCUUUCCUGAAGACUUGCCGGGAAUACCACCACAACGAAAAGUCGAAUUCCGAAUAGACUUAAUUCCAGAUGCCGAACCUACGGCAAAGUCUCCAUACCGUUUAGCUCUUUCGGAAAUGCAAGAAUUAUCCACACAACUUCAAGAGUUUUGGAUAAGAGUUUCAUCCGACCAAGCCACUCACCUUGGGGAGCUCCAGUGUUAUUCGUGA